AUGGCCCGGAAUACGCUGUCCUCGCGCUUCCGCCGAGUAGACAUCGACGAAUUUGACGAGAAUAAAUUCGUGGACGAACAGGAGGAGGCGGCAGCGGCAGCAGGGGAGCCAGGCCCGGACCCGAGCGAGCAUGAACAGUGCUUGAGCCUAAGCAUCCUUAACUGGUGGUGGUGCACAGGGGACAUGCUUCGGGCAUUUCAUGCAGCCUUGCGGAACUCUCCAGUCAACACCAAGAAUCAAGCUGUGAAGGAGCGAGCUCAGGGCGUGGUGCUGAAAGUGCUCACAAAUUUUAAGAGCAGUGAAAUUGAGCAGGCUGUGCAGUCACUGGACAGAAAUGGUGUUGACUUGUUAAUGAAGUACAUUUAUAAAGGGUUUGAGAAGCCCACAGAAAAUAGCAGCGCAGUGUUACUCCAGUGGCACGAAAAGGCAUUAGCAGUAGGAGGACUAGGCUCCAUUAUAAGAGUUCUUACAGCAAGAAAGACUGUUUAA